UUUUAUUAAUUUUCCGCAGUAAAUAUAGCAAUUUUGCUUUGGUUAUUUUUUCAGUUUUCUGUUGAAAACUAAAGGGAUAGAGGCCCUGAGAGGGCGCCUCGGGCAUAAGGCGAGGUUUUUAUGACCUCUUCUAACUUUAUACACAUAGACUUUGACGUCCCCAUUUCGUACCCACAUUUUACAAAUAGCAAUACAGUCUCUACACCUAUCAACCACAACAAAAGUGAUAAUAACAUACGACAUAAUACAUUUCCGACUUCUACUCCUAAAUACAUACCCCCGUACUCGACUAACAGCCUUCGCAAAAUUCCUUCCAAGACGCUUGAGAAUAAAAAACCUUUGAAAAUUUUUUUUUCAAAAUUUCACGUGACUAACCCGAAUCGGGCAGGAUAUAACAAGAUCUAUGAAAUCAGACGAUCAAGAUGUUACUUUUUUGAGUUAAAUGAUCUUCCCCUUGACACCAAUGAAAUUAAUUUAACGAUUCAC